GUGUGCCAGUGUGGCAAACAUGGCGCUGUUCGGGACGCUGCUUUCCAUCUCAGGCUCGCUGCUCCUGACGCCUUUGCUGCUGAUCGUUUUGGUGAUUCUCUUCCUGGCCUCGAUCGGCAAGUCAGUCGGCGUGCGCAGGCUGUACGUCAAGACCCUGCUGGCCCUGUUCGAGUAUGGGCGACAACAUAUCGAGAUCGCAAACAAGCAGAAGCGACUUUCUGACGACUCAGGGUUUAAUUCAGAAGAUGAGGGAGACAACAAGAGGAUCCGAUCAACCUCCGAGACCUCGGAGGAAAGCCAGCAGAGAGGCAGGCCUAAGGGACACCACCGGAAUGGGUCUAUUAAGAAUGGCGUCAGUCUGAUUCAACGAGAGGACCUGAUUCUGGCGCCAGACCCGUGCCAUAACAAAAGCGACCACAAUCAUCGAGACUCGAGCGCGCCAAGGACUUCCAACAUCCGCAGCCACUCUGUGGGGGCGCCCACCAGGAAUGCUGCCAACAGCGCCAAGGGAGCCUCGGAAAAGGGGGAUAACAGCGAGCAGGAAGAUGAGAUAGACAGCCUCGCUCUGGACAAGGACCACAGAAAGUUGUCUUUUGAAACUCUGAAGCAAGAGUUUGAAUUGUCCGACUGUCUGACGUACAUCAAAGCUGGGGUGGAGGCCAUCAUUGAGGAUGAGGUCACCCAGUGCUUUGAGGCAGAGGAACUUCGGUCGUGGAAUUUGCUAACCAGAACAAACAGGCACUACGAAUUCAUCAGCUGGAGAUUGACAGUGAUCUGGAUGCUGGGCUUCAUAGUGCGAUAUUUAUUUUUGCUGCCGCUACGGGUUACAAUCUGCUUUGUCGGGUUUUUAUGGAUGGCCAUUUCGACGAGUCUGAUCAGUCUAGUGCCGAGUCGGCGGGUGCGACGCGUGCUUAACCAGCAUGCCAUGCUGAUCACCUUCCGGCUGUACGCGCGCUCUUUCUCUGCAGUCAUCGACGUUCACAAUCCGCAGUUCAUGCCCAGGUCGAAUGGCAUUUGCGUGGCCAACCACACAACGCCGGUCGACAUUGUCAUGCUGGCCACCAACUCGUGUUUUUCAUUGAUCGGACAGCGGCACAACGGAUUCCUCGGCUUGCUCCAGCGCGCCCUUGCCAGGGCUUCCUCGCACAUUUGGUUUGAGAGGUCCGAGGUCAAGGACAGGGAGGUCGUCACUAAGAGGCUCCAACAACACGUGAGCGACCCAGAAAACCCACCUAUUCUGAUUUUCCCCGAAGGCACCUGCAUCAACAACACGUCCGUGAUGCAGUUCAAGAAGGGCAGCUUUGAGGUCGGCAGCGUCAUCUACCCCGUAGCAAUCAAGUACGACCCUAAAUUCGGCGACGCCUUCUGGAACAGCAGCAAGUACUCGAUGAUGCAGUACUUGUACAUGAUGAUGACGUCCUGGGCAAUCGUGUGCGACGUCUGGUACCUUCCGCCGAUGACCCAGGAGCCGGACGAGAACGCCGUCGAUUUUGCCAGUAGGGUUAAAAGCGUCAUCGCUACUCAGGGAGGACUGGUCGACCUCAUGUGGGAUGGGCAGCUGAAGCGGAUGCAGGCAAAGAAGGAGUGGAAGGAGAGGCAGCAGGAAGAGUUCAGCAAACGGCUCAAAGUGGAAUAAAAGUCUAUGGAAGAGAUUAGGCAGUUGUUGUAAAUUUAGCAAAUUUAAGCUGCGACUGUGAUCAUAGAGCUUGUUGAAUCCGAUACAUGUACCACUCCUCAAUCACCAACUGCUGGACCAAAGAAGCGAAAACCGCAAUACCAUGUCUUCAUCUCGGUGUUCGAAUCCUCUUGUGCCAACCAAUUUCCGCUCUCGAUGGCUGCAUUUAGCGAAUUGCACCGCCAGCCGAGCACUGCCCAUCAUUCCGCAAAUCUAAAACCCUUUUACCCUCGGUUCUGGUUUUGUUUUUAAUAAAAGUAAACUCUUUCUUGGUAGACUGAAUUUUUCAACGAUAACUAAUCUUGUUUUAAUAAAUCCGCAUCACCAUUUCAGUCAAAGAUUUUCUGAUGCGAGUCUACUUUUUGAAAUUGUUCAUCAACACGACAUAUCGGUGAGAAAAUUCCCUUAAGACCUCUGGAAAUUUGUAAAAAUGUUUGCUUUCGGAGUGGCUGUGUUUUGUGCUAGGUCGCUCUUGUGUGUUUAAUUUGCCAAGCAAGGAGAGGGUGCAUUGAAAAUGCCUCGUGUCUAGUCCUAGGAUUGGCCCUUAAACCAUGUUUCUGGUGGAGGUGGAUAAAAAAGAAUAUAUCGCAUAAAUGUCGAGUGAGCGGCCCGUGAGAGCUGGACUCUUGCGCAGGCCGUUAAUGUAAUUACGUUUGCGAAUCGAUCGGGCUGCUAACUAAGUUUGAGAAUGCGUAAUUUUGUUACUAGUUGGACUGGAGCAAUGUUAACUUAUAUAAUAAGCUGAGAUUUAAAUGUGUGAUGAAAGAAUAUUUAGUGUGUGAAAUGUCUCAUCUUGUCUCGUCUCUCAGUGUUUCACUGCACAAUAUCGAACAGUGAGAAUGAUUUGUGUUAUUUAUCCAUCGAUUAAACUGUAUUUUAAAUCUAAGCAAAAAUAA